AAGUAAACCGCCACCAUGAGUACGGACGCAGAGAUGGCCAUUUAUGGCAAAGCUGCUGUUUACCUUCGUAAGCCAGAAAGGGAGAGAAUUGAGGCUCAAAGUGCCCCAUUUGAUGCCAAGAGUGCCUGCUACGUGGCCGAUGUCAAGGAGCUGUACUUGAAAGCAAAAAUCAUCAAGAAAGAUGGUGCCAAAGUCACCGUUGAACUCCUGGACACUAAGGAGGAGAGGACAGUUAAAGAAGAUGACGUCCAUCCAAUGAACCCUCCCAAGUAUGACAAGAUUGAGGACAUGGCCAUGAUGACCCAUCUCAAUGAAGCCUCUGUGCUGUAUAACCUCAAAGAGCGUUAUGCAGCAUGGAUGAUCUACACCUACUCUGGGUUGUUCUGUGCCACUGUGAACCCCUACAAGUGGCUCCCAGUGUACGAUGCUGAAUGUGUAGCCGCCUAUAGAGGCAAGAAGCGUAUGGAGGCUCCACCCCACAUCUUCUCUGUCUCUGACAACGCUUUUCAGUUCAUGCUUACUGACAGGGAGAACCAGUCUGUCUUGAUCACUGGAGAAUCUGGUGCUGGAAAGACUGUGAACACCAAGCGUGUCAUCCAGUACUUUGCAACAAUCUCAGUUGGUGGACCGAAAAGGGACGAAUCAAAGGGGUCACUGGAGGAUCAGAUUAUUGCAGCCAAUCCCCUGCUGGAGGCCUAUGGUAACGCCAAAACUAUUAGGAAUGACAACUCUUCUCGUUUUGGUAAAUUCAUCAGAAUCCAUUUCGGCACGACUGGCAAACUAGCUAGUGCUGAUAUUGAGACAUAUCUGCUGGAGAAGUCAAGAGUGACAUACCAGCUUUCAGAUGAAAGAGGCUACCACAUCUUCUUCCAGAUGAUGACCGGCCACAUCCCUGCUAUACUUGAUAUGGCACUCAUCACAACCAACCCCUACGACUUCCCCAUGUGUAGCAUGGGUCAGAUCACUGUGGCCAGCAUUGACGACAAAGCUGAGCUGGAAGCCACCGAUAAUGCCAUUGAUAUCCUGGGCUUCACUAAUGAAGAGAAGGUGAGCAUCUACAGGAUGACUGGUGCUGUGCUCCACCAUGGUAACAUGAAGUUCAAGCAGAAGCAGCGUGAGGAGCAGGCUGAGCCUGAUGGCACAGAGGAGGCUGACAAGGUUGCUUACUUGCUGGGUCUGAACUCCGCUGACAUGCUCAAGGCUCUGUGCUAUCCCAGAGUGAAGGUCGGAAAUGAGUAUGUCACCAAGGGACAGACUGUACCUCAGGUGAUGAACGCAGUGCCUGCCUUGGCCAAGUCUAUCUAUGAGAGGAUGUUCUUGUGGAUGGUCGUCCGUAUCAACCAAAGUUUGGAUACUAAGCAAGCAAGACAGUUCUACAUUGGUGUCCUGGAUAUUGCUGGCUUUGAAAUCUUUGACUUCAACACCUUGGAACAGCUGUGCAUCAAUUUCACCAAUGAGAAACUGCAACAGUUCUUCAACCACACUAUGUUUGUCCUGGAGCAAGAGGAGUACAAGAAGGAGGGUAUUAUCUGGGACUUCAUUGACUUUGGCAUGGACUUGGCUGCUUGCAUUGAGCUCAUUGAAAAGCCCAUGGGAAUCUUCUCCAUCCUUGAAGAGGAGUGCAUGUUCCCCAAGGCCACAGACACAUCCUUCAAGAACAAGCUGUAUGACCAGCAUCUUGGCAAAAACAAAGCAUUUGAGAAGCCUAAGCCUGCAAAGGGCAAGAUUGAGGCCCACUUCUCCCUGGUGCACUACGCCGGUACCGUGGACUACAAUAUCACUGGCUGGCUGGACAAGAACAAGGAUCCACUGAAUGACUCUGUCGUUCAGCUGUACCAGAAAUCCCCAGUAAAACUGCUGGCUGUUCUGUAUCCUCCCGUCGUUGAGGAAACUGGUGGUGGAAAGAAGGGUGGCAAGAAGAAGGGUGGUUCCAUGCAGACUGUGUCUUCACAGUUCAGGGAGAACUUGGGCAAGCUGAUGACUAACUUGAGGAGCACCCAUCCUCACUUUGUGCGCUGCCUGAUUCCCAAUGAGUCAAAGACUCCAGGUCUGAUGGAGAACUUCCUGGUCAUCCACCAGCUCAGGUGUAACGGUGUGCUGGAGGGUAUCAGAAUCUGCAGGAAAGGUUUUCCCAGCAGAAUUCUCUAUGCUGACUUCAAGCAGAGGUACAAGGUGCUGAAUGCCAGUGUCAUCCCCGAGGGCCAGUUCAUUGACAACAAGAAGGCUUCAGAGAAGCUGCUUGGGUCAAUUGAUGUUAAUCAUGAUGAGUACAAAUUUGGACACACAAAGGUUUUCUUCAAGGCCGGUCUCCUGGGUGUCCUAGAGGAGAUGAGAGAUGAAAAACUGGCAUCUCUGGUCACCAUGACUCAGGCUUUGUGCCGUGGUUUCCUCAUGAGAAGAGAGUUUGUGAAGAUGACAGAGAGGAGGGAUUCUAUAUUUACCAUCCAGUACAAUGUCCGCUCAUUCAUGAAUGUCAAACACUGGCCAUGGAUGAAGGUGUACUACAAGAUCAAGCCUCUGCUGAAGAGUGCUGAAACUGAGAAGGAGCUGGCAUCUAUGAAGGAGAACUUUGAUAAGAUGAAAACUGACUUGGCUGCCGCCCUGGCCAAGAAGAAGGAACUGGAGGAGAAGAUGGUGUCCCUUCUGCAGGAGAAGAAUGAUCUGCAGCUGCAAGUAGCAUCUGAAUCAGAAAAUCUGAAUGAUGCUGAAGAGAGAUGUGAGGGACUCAUCAAGAGUAAGAUUCAGCUGGAGGCCAAACUCAAAGAGACAACUGAGAGACUGGAGGAUGAAGAGGAAAUCAAUGCUGAGCUCACUGCCAAGAAGAGAAAGCUGGAGGAUGAAUGCUCUGAGCUCAAGAAGGAUAUUGAUGACCUGGAACUUACCUUGGCCAAAGUGGAAAAAGAGAAACAUGCCACAGAGAACAAGGUUAAGAACCUGACUGAGGAGAUGGCCUCUCAAGAUGAGAGUAUUGCUAAGCUGACCAAGGAAAAGAAAGCCCUUCAGGAGGCUCAUCAGCAGACUCUUGACGACCUGCAGGCAGAGGAAGACAAAGUCAACACUCUGACCAAGGCCAAGACCAAGCUUGAGCAGCAAGUGGAUGAUCUUGAGGGUUCUCUGGAGCAAGAGAAGAAGCUCCGUAUGGACCUUGAGAGGGCCAAGAGAAAGCUGGAGGGUGAUCUGAAACUGGCCCAGGAAUCCAUCAUGGAUCUUGAGAAUGACAAGCAGCAGUCUGAUGAGAAGAUCAAAAAGAAGGACUUUGAAAUCAGUCAGUUACUUAGCAAGAUUGAAGAUGAGCAGUCACUGGGUGCUCAGCUCCAGAAGAAGAUCAAGGAGCUCCAGGCUCGUAUUGAGGAACUGGAAGAGGAGAUUGAGGCUGAGCGUGCUGCUCGUGCCAAGGUUGAGAAGCAGAGAGCUGACCUCUCCAGGGAACUUGAAGAGAGAGGCAAACAGGCAUUCACACAGCAGAUUGAGGAGCUGAAAAGACAGAUUGAAGAGGAGGUUAAGGCCAAGAAUGCUCUUGCCCAUGGACUGCAAUCAGCCCGCCAUGACUGUGAUCUGCUGAGGGAGCAGUUUGAGGAGGAGCAGGAGGCCAAGGCUGAGCUGCAGCGUGGAAUGUCCAAGGCCAACAGUGAGGUGGCUCAGUGGAGAACUAAGUACGAAACUGAUGCUAUCCAGCGCACUGAGGAGCUUGAGGAAUCCAAGAAAAAGCUGGCUCAGCGUCUUCAGGAGGCUGAGGAGCAGAUUGAGGCAGUGAAUUCCAAGUGUGCUUCUCUUGAGAAAACCAAACAGAGGCUCCAGAGUGAGGUGGAGGACCUCAUGAUUGAUGUGGAGAGGGCCAAUGGGCUGGCUGCCAACCUGGACAAGAAGCAGAGGAACUUUGACAAGGUGUUAGCAGAGUGGAAACAGAAGUACGAGGAGGGUCAGGCAGAGCUUGAGGGAGCACAGAAGGAGACUCGUUCUCUCAGCACUGAACUGUUCAAGAUGAAGAACUCUUACGAAGAAUCUCUUGAUCAGCUGGAGACCAUGAAGCGGGAAAACAAGAACCUGCAACAGGAGAUCUCAGAUCUGACUGAACAGAUUGGUGAGACUGGCAAGAGCAUCCAUGAGCUGGAGAAGUCCAAGAAGCAGGUGGAGACCGAGAAGGCUGAGAUCCAGACGGCUCUUGAAGAGGCUGAGGGAACACUGGAGCACGAAGAGUCAAAGAUCCUGCGUGUCCAGCUGGAGCUCAACCAGAUUAAGGGUGAGGUGGACAGGAAGCUGGCAGAGAAAGAUGAGGAGAUGGAGCAGAUCAAGAGGAACAGCCAGAGGGUGAUUGACUCCAUGCAGAGCACUCUGGAUUCUGAGGUCAGGAGCAGAAACGAUGCCCUGAGAAUCAAGAAGAAGAUGGAGGGAGACCUGAAUGAGAUGGAGAUUCAGCUGAGCCACGCCAAUCGGCAGGCUGCUGAGUCCCAGAAGCAGCUGAGGAAUGUGCAGGCACAGCUGAAGGAUGCUCAACUGCACCUUGAUGAUGCUGUCAGAGCACAGGAAGACUUCAAGGAACAAGCUGCUAUGGUGGAUCGCAGGAACGGUCUGAUGGUAUCUGAAAUUGAGGAACUAAGAGCUGCUCUGGAACAGACAGAGAGAAGUCGCAAGACUGCUGAGCAGGAGCUGGUGGAUGCCAGUGAGCGUGUUGGACUUCUGCACUCUCAGAACACAAGCCUUCUGAACUCCAAGAAGAAGCUUGAGUCUGACCUGGUCCAGGUCCAGAGUGAAGUGGAUGACACUGUUCAGGAAGCAAGAAAUGCAGAGGAGAAGGCCAAGAAGGCCAUCACUGAUGCUGCUAUGAUGGCUGAGGAGCUGAAGAAGGAGCAGGAUACCAGCGCUCACCUGGAGAGGAUGAAGAAGAACCUGGAGGUUGCUGUAAAGGACCUGCAGCACCGUCUGGAUGAAGCUGAGAACCUGGCCAUGAAGGGUGGCAAGAAGCAGCUCCAGAAACUUGAGUCCAGGGUGCGUGAACUGGAGGCAGAGAUCGAGGCUGAGCAGAGGCGCGGAGCAGAUGCCAUUAAGGGUGUCCGCAAAUAUGAAAGGAGGGUGAAGGAGCUCACCUAUCAGACUGAGGAGGACAAGAAAAACGGUGCCAGGCUGCAGGAUCUGGUUGACAAAUUGCAGCUGAAGGUCAAGGCCUACAAGAGGCAGGCUGAGGAGGCGGAGGAACAGGCCAACGUCCAUCUGUCCAAGUGCAGGAAGGUUCAGCAUGAGCUGGAGGAGGCUGAGGAGCGCGCUGACAUCGCAGAGUCCCAGGUCAACAAGCUGAGGGCAAAGAGCCGGGACGCUGGCAAGGGAAAAGAAGCAGCAGAGUAAACCACACAAGAGUCU